ACAUAAACAAACAAAAAUCAGUGACCAUUUUUAUGGGCAACAAUGAAGCAUGAUCGGCCUGAAAUGGCAGGCUCAGAAACGCAAGAGAGAGUGUGACAGGAAGAUGCAAUUGCGUAGAACGAUGGCCUGACAAGCAGGCCGCGGCGUCAGGGCUGCGACUACUGCUCAGGUUGACCUACCAUUGCAGCCGUGGGAGCUUGAAGCUGGUCGAUUUUCGUCUGCUGCGGGCUCCGUGUAAAGGUGGUUCCUCUUCGGAAGAACCACAAUUCCAUGCUGGUUAUCGGACGGACUCGCCCGCCUCAUGCCCAACAUUCAAGAAAUAGGUCGGUUACUCUCCAAGCGUCCGCUAAGGUAGGGAUGGUGAUUGCAGCCGUGCGAUGCUCGGCGCGACAAACGGUACGCGUGUGCGGCGAUAUGCGCAUCGUCCUCUUGCCGCAGCCGGCUGCAUUAAGCCUAAGAAAGCUGCCACAACAACGUCGCGAACGCGCCGGGUCGGUGAUCACCCGGCGCAUGGCCGUUGUGCGGGUCCACGGCGGUCCGCGUGAGAUGUUGCUCAUCAACCUACAGCUUCAUUCUGUGAAGCACUUGCUCUCGUUCUCACUGCCGUCUCGGAAUCAUUUGUUGGACUGAAUCGUCGCCAGCCCAACCACGGGUGAUACGCGUUGGUGCGCAGAUGCGGAGCGCCAGUCGUUUGUCUCCUCGAGCGUCGGUAAGUGUC